UUUACCAAAACUAAAAAUAUUAUCCGAAAUAAAUUUGAAAACAACCCCCAAAGGAAAUAGAAAACCGCCAUUAAGAGCCUAAGCCUGUUAACGGGACGCUCGCUUGUCUGCAAAUUGUAUAUAAAAAAUAUGUGUAUUUCUACAUAUGUAACAGCAUACACGGCAUACAGAGGUAUAUGAAGAAAUACAUAAACGAGUGUAUAUGUGUACCGGUACGCAACUUAACGUAAGCGUUUUCGUAGCGGCGCUUAAUAUAGACGCAUGGCAUUUAAAAUUGAAACCACGUACUGGUUCUAAGCUUCACAACGUCAACGUGACGAUAUUUAUCAACAAAUGCAACAACACACUAAAUAUAAAUGUUUGGUGUAUAAAAUAAUCAAGUGAACAAAUAGAACAAGUUGGCAAACAAAAUAUAAACACUGAAAAAGAACGAGACCCAAAGACCAAAGAACCAGAGCGAACGAGAAUUAGAACCGAAAAAACAGAAGCAUAAGCAGACAUGCAGCAGUAACACUAAAUAAAUGUGUAAUUCUAGGAGUUGCGCUGGGUUUUUGGGCCAUAAAAAGUGAUAAAUUGCUUUGAAAGCAGCAAAACGCUCAUAAAAACUUCAAGUUAAGCAUUUCAUGGUGAAUGUCCGUUUUUCGUAUCUGUGUGCGUAUGUUUGUCUAUAUGUGUGUCUAUGUGUGUGUGUGUGUGUGUGUGUGUGUGUGAUAUAUGUAAGUGCUUAAAUGUUUAAGAGCCAAAAGUGCUGCGAACGGUAGUUCUCUUUAUAUUCGUUUUUCCGUAAAACGUAAUAACAUCGUUUGAAUGCGUUCGUUCGUACGAGAAUUUCGUGUUCGGUGUACGUGUGCGACACGUCUGUUUUCUGGUCGUUAUUGCUACUGUUGCUGCCGCUGCUGUUUAUGUUGCCGAUGUUGAUGCCGUCGCAAUUGUCGUUGUUGUCUUUAUGUUUCUCUCUAAGGAUGUUCAGGAUCAAGUGCAAGGUUAUGUUUCCUGUUGUACUCUAGAACUACCUCUAGACAUUUUUGUGCUUGACAUUCUUGCCGCAUCUCUUGUCAUAGUUUCCUAAUACUUUUACUAAAGCAUAAGUAUAACAACCAAAAGAUUCAACGAACAUACAGAAGCAAGCCAAAAGGAACGUAUAACAGAAUUCACUUGAGAUUGUGAUAAAAAUGUGUAAUAAAAGCAAAUUCUGUAAAUUGUAUAGAAACUGAAAGAACAACAAAAACAAUAUUGUUGUCAUCAACAACACCAACAAUCAUAGCAUAGUUAUGCAAUUGUUGUGCUUUUUUGUUCGUGUUUAAAGGCGACUGCAUUGGAUACUUUGUUGAAAAGAGUUUUAUGUACGCCAUCCGUACGCUUGCGAUACGUACUUUUUAGUGUAAGCGUGUACGUGAAUGUUUAAAGAAAAUGUUAUAAAUAUGCUUAGGAUGGAUAUAAGCAGCAACUACUUAAGAGGCUGCUUUGAACGUCGUCAUCAGCAUCAACAAUAUUGUCAAGAGUUAAGGCGGCCAAUGAAAAAUAUGCGCGACAAUAUCUUAAAAUGUGGAUUAUCGUCAGGAUUUUUACUAUGGAUUAUAAUCAUCUCGUUGGAGGGAGUUGAAGCUCAAUAUCAAUCGCCUCGCAUAAUUGAGCAUCCAACUGAUUUGGUGGUGAAGAAGAACGAACCUGCCACAUUAAAUUGCAAAGUUGAAGGGAAACCGGAACCGACAAUUGAGUGGUUUAAGGACGGUGAACCUGUAAAUACCAGUGACAAAAAAUCUCAUCGGGUUCUAUUUAAGAAUGGUGCCCUAUUUUUUUAUCGCACUAUGCAAAGUAAAAAAGAGCAAGAUGGCGGCAUUUACUGGUGUGUAGCCAAAAAUCAUGUUGGAAAAGCUGUGAGUCGUCAUGCGACUCUACAAAUCGCUGUUUUGCGUGAAGAUUUUCGAGCGCAACCCAAGGAUACACGUGUGGCCAAAGGUGAGACAGCUUUAUUGGAAUGUGGGCCACCAAAAGGUAUACCCGAACCGACGCUUAUAUGGAUGAAGGAUGGCGUACCGUUGGAUGAUUUAAAGACAAAAUCUUAUGGAACCACAUCACGUAUACGCAUAGUGGAUGGUGGCAAUUUAUUGAUAAGCAAUGUCGAACCGAUUGACGAAGGCAACUACAGGUGUAUUGCUCAAAAUAUAGUCGGCACUCGAGAGUCCAGUUAUGCUAAACUAAUUGUACAAGUUAAGCCGUAUUUUAUGAAAGAACCUCAAGAUUUAACUUUGUUGGUGGGUCAAACAGCUCAGUUUCAUUGCUCGGUUGGUGGUGAUCCACCUCCAAAAAUAUUAUGGAAAAAAGAAGAGGGUAAUAUACCGGUGGCUAGGGCUCGGAUACAACACGAUGACAAAAGUUUGGAGAUAACAAAUAUAGUAACCGAAGAUGAGGGCACUUAUGUGUGUGAAGCUCACAAUAACGUGGGGCAAAUAAGUGCGAGAGCAUCAUUAACAGUGCAUGCUCCUCCCACUUUCAUUGUUAAGCCUCAAGAUAAAAAGCUGGGUUUGAACGGUGUCGCCCUGUUUCCUUGUGUUGCUGAUGGCAAUCCUCCUCCUUCGAUCUUUUGGACGAAAGAGGGUUCCUCGAUUCUAAUGUUUCCCAAUAACUCUUACGGUCAUUUACAUAUUUCCGUGGAAGGUACAUUGCAAAUUAAUGGGGUGCAAAAGGACGAUGCCGGUUACUACGUAUGCUCAGCUUUUAGUGUGGUCGACUCCAGUACGAUACGAGCAUUUCUACAGGUUACCUCUGUAGAUGACACCCCACCUCCCAUUAUACAAAUUGGUCCUUCCAAUCAGACUUUACCUAAAGGCAGUGAUGCCACGUUGCCCUGUCGUGCGUCGGGCAAUCCUAUACCGCGUGUUAAAUGGUAUAGAGAUGGUACACCUCUGCAUAGCGGCAAUCGUUAUACUAUAGUCCAAGGAGGAUCGUUAAAAAUAAACGAUUUACAACUAAGCGAUUCUGGCCUGUAUACUUGCACGGCUUCAUCGGAAAGUGGUGAGACUUCGUGGUCGGCUACAUUAACGGUGGAAAAAAGUAGCUCAUCAACAAUGCAUCGUUCUGCGGACCCGAGUACGUAUCCAGCACCGCCCGGUACACCCAAAGUGGUGAACGUAACACAGAACAGCAUAGCAUUGCGAUGGUCGAGAAGUCAAGAGAAGCCAGGAGCGACAAGUCCAAUUAUUGGUUACACGGUGGAGUAUUUUAGUUCCGAUUUGCAAACUGGUUGGGUUAUUGCUGCACAUCGCGUGCCUGACCAGCAAGUAAUGAUAUCUGGCUUAAAGCCGGCCACGUCAUAUGUGUUUCUAGUAAGAGCGGAAAACUCGCAUGGAUUAUCGGUACCUUCCGGUUUAUCGAAUGUGAUUAAAACUUUGGGCACCGAAUCAGGUACGGUGCCACCAAGUGAGAUAUCAGCCGCACGGUCUGUGCUAAGUGGAAAGGUUGUUGAAUUAAUCGAUGCCGCGGCCAUAAAUUCCACAGCCGUACGUUUGGAUUGGGUUAUGCAUGUCAGUGUUACCGAAAAAUAUGUUGAGGGUCUCUAUGUACGCUAUCGCGAUGUUAGCGCCAAUUCUCAACAGUACAAUAUAAUGACGGUUUUAAACCCAUCAAUUGAAUCGCAUGUGGUUGCCAAUCUGAAGAAAUAUACUAAGUAUGAAUUCUUUUUGGCGCCUUUCUAUCAAACGUUAGAAGGUCAGCCGAGCAACUCGAAAAUUGUACAAACUUAUGAAGAUGUACCCUCGGCGCCACCUGACAGCAUCAAAAUUGGAAUGUAUAAUUUAACGGCCGGUUGGGUAAGAUGGUCACCACCCCCGCCUCAGCAUCAUAAUGGCAACUUGUUGGGCUAUAAAAUUGAGGUAACCGCUGGCAAUACGUUAAAAGUUUUGGCAAAUAUGACUUUAAAUGCAACCACUACGUCAGUACUUUUAAAUAAUCUCACCACUGGAGCCACUUACAACGUCAGAUUGAACUCAUUUACUAAAGCUGGUGAUGGGCCCUAUUCGAAACCGGUUUCAUUGUUUAUGGAUCCCACCCAUUUGGUUCAUCCACCGCAUCCGAGUGGUUCACAUAGUAGCAUAACCGGCCAUACGGCGGGCGAUGGUGGCCAUUUUGGUUAUCAUCCUAACGGUGUUGGGAUGCCAGAUGACGCAGCCACUACAACCACUCAACGUAAGUCAACAACCGUUGUACACGAGACAUGGUUUAUGGCUCUUGUGAUAACGAUGCUGUUGGCCAUAUUAAUUUCUGCCGCUGCCGCUAUGCUUUUCUUUAAGAGACGUCAUCAACUAACUAAAGAACUGGGACAUUUGAGUGUAGUUAGCGCCAAUGAAAUAACAGCAUUGAAUAUCAACGGCAAGGAUAGCUUAUGGAUUGACAGAGGCUGGCGUACCACCGAUACCGAUAAAGAUUCUGGUCUAAGUGAAACGAAAUUACUAUCAAAUGCCAACAGCCAAUCGAAUUAUACCUCGGAUGCCGGUACGGAUUAUGCCGAAGUCGAUACCAGAAACAUGAGCACUUUUUACAAUUGUCGAAAGAGCCCGGAAAAUCCUACACCUUAUGCUACUACUAUGAUUAUCGGUACUUCUUCCACGGAGACGACGUGUUUGAAAACUUCUGGCUCUAGUACUGAUCAGGAUUCAGGUACUCAUUCACCCAAUUCAGAGGGUAUUACAACCAAUGUCUGUGCAUCGAAUAGUGCCGUCUCCAGUAAACACAAUUAUCAUCAAUAUCCACCAGAACAAAUUAAUUGGUCAGAAUUUUUGCCACCACCACCGGAACAUCCGCCACCAGUGCCCUCAUGUAAUUACGGACCGGGCUCACCACAAUCAUCGAGGAAAAGUUCGAAAAGUGGCAGCUCUUCAGCACAUCAAAGCGCCUUAAACUCUUCUAUACACAGCAGCUCGUCGGGUGGUUUCUCAACUUGGGGUAUGGCCCCCCAAUGUGUUGUGGGAGGCGCAGGUAGUGGACGUCCUACGCAAGAGAAUUACUAUAAUAACCCUUUGCCUUGUGUAGGCGGGGGUGGUCAAAAUCGUUAUCAAGUAACUCCUACGGGACAACAUCCUCCCCCUUUACCACCUUAUUAUCCAACAGGAGCGGCAGCAACAGCGCAAUUACCGCCUAGAAAUAUACAUAUCCAUUAUCCAGCGCCUAGGCAUGCCCUGAGUGAAUAUCAACCGGGUGGUACACACAACUCUCGUUGCUCAAAUGGCCGUGGCUGCACUAGUUGUGAUGCUUUGGCUUCACCUUUGCAGCAAUUGCCGCCACACGUUGAAGGCUGGUAUCAACCAUUGCAUGCCGCACAUAUACCAAACAAUUCAUCAGCUCAUCAAAUCUAUCAAUGUUCCUCCGAGUGUUCCGAUCAUUCACGACACUCUCAUUCUAAUGUAACGCAUGGUCAUCCCCAUCAUCAUACGCAUGCCGCCGCACAUCAUCAUAGCCAUCUGAACGCAAAUGAUACCCUACGUUCCGAGAGCAGUCAAGAAGGUGGCCCUACUGGCAAACCAUUAACGCACCGUUGUCACAAGCCAACCGACAGCACACGUUUCGCUGAAAUCAGUGAAAGUGAACAUAUGCUAAAAAGUUCCAGUGGUUCUUGCACUUACGAAGUUCUGGGAGAGCCACGCAAUUGCAGUGAAUGCUGUAGCAGUUCACGCGAAGGUGAUACAUGUUCGUGCAGUGAAGGCUCGUGUUUGUACGCCGAAGCAGGUGAGCCUAUAACGACGGCUAAAUUAGUAACACAAAACAAUUGAUAUGGACCGUGUAGUGGAGGUGUUCAUGGUGGCGGCGGCUUAGUAACUGACGUUGUCAUAUACUUUUAGUGUUACCACAGUCUGCAAUUUAUAGCAUCAUGUAAAUUUUAAACAAAAACACAAAAGAAAAAAAUGAAAAAUCUCAUGUAAGUGUCAUUUUACUAUUAGUGUUAUAGUGAGUUUUUUUUAGCAUUUAUAGAACCUUGCAACAAACGCAACUGAGUAAAUAUAUUAAUUUAUUCACUUAUAAACGAAACCAAUUUCUUGUAAAUAUGAGAGAAAAAAAAAACGAUUGAAAUUUUUUCGUAGGCAUCGAAAUAGUGAAAACUAAUAGCAAAAAAAAAAAAAAUAAUAAUAAUAUUAAUAAGAGGAGGACUUUAUUCGUCUUUUGUGCGAAUAUUAAGUAUCUAACACCUUGAAGACCGUUUUCAGUAUCAAAUAUCUAUGUUCUUAUUAUUAUGAGAACAACGAACGCCAACUGCUAGUUGAUUGGGUAGAAAAUGAAAUUCAAUACUAGGUAGUCUAAAUAGUCCUAAGCUUUCAGAAACUUUCGCCAUAUUUAUUGAGAAGAUUAACAUUUUCAUUUUUAAAUUUUUUAGAAAAUGUAACUGUUGUUUUUUUCGCCUAUUUGCAUAACAAUAACGAAAUUGACAUGCCUCGUUCCCUAGGUGGCGGUUGUAACAAAUUAAAAAAAACUUUGCAUAAAAAAAAAAGAUAAUAUUAAGACAGAGUAACUGCAACAAAACUAUAAGAAUUUAAGGAGUUUUCAUGUAUUCGUGGCGUGUUCACGGCAAAUCUUUCUUUUUAAACAUCAAGUAUAUUUACGUUUUUUUAACGGCGCCUACAAUAAUCCCUAAUUUUAAAAAGACACGCACACAAUAACAACAAAUGCUUACGAAAAGAAAUAUUUUCCCUUUCUGCCCCCUUUGAUGGAAGAACAUUUAUAAGUUGCUGGUUUUAAUGUCUGUUUAAAAGGAUUAAAUUAUUUCGAAAUUAUCACUUUCUUAGAAGUUGAAAAAUUUCUCAAGCAAUGAAUAAAAAACGUGCGCCUAUUAUUAUUAUUAUUAUUUGUUCAAUCACUAUAUAAAAUAUUAAUUUUUUCAAAUAUUUGAACCCCUUGAAAGUAUGCCACGUAUUCAUCGCAGUUACCUGCUGUUAUGUUCUUUUGUGUGUUAUACGUCUGCGCUUGCUUAAACUAAUCCUAAAAGGCUUCUGCUCGAAGACGAAGAACACCGCGAAAAAAUUUUUGAUCCUUUUCGACCUCGGUAGAUUAAGUUGGAAACUUGAGCAAAUCCGCCAAACGUUGAUUAAGCGUACAUGUUUCCAUAAUGAGUUUGUGACGCCCGUGUUUUAAAAAAAAGUUACAUACAAUUUAUUCCGCUUUCUUUAAGCGUACGAUGUUUUGCAUACAUUAUGAUAAAUGUCACCGUUUUUCAAAGAUUUCAUAAAAUAUUUGAUCGGGAGGUAAAGUGAAGGUAUUGCGGUAAACAUUUUACCUAAAGAAAGAUGUAGCCUUAGCACCCAGUUGGUCCUUACAAGGCGGGCUUUGAAGUCAGCCCUCAGUUUGAAAUGGAUUACUCGAUUCAGCAAAUAUAUGAGAAUGUGUUUUUGCAGUCAUCGAUAAGAACUUAUCAGAAAUUUCAGCCUUUUGUUAUUGCUUCAAACUUGUUUGUGUCAAUUGAUGCGAGUGUAGAAAAAUUGUGUAUUGUGGAUUGUUAUUAAAUAUUUGUUUUAAGAAGCAAAUACGCUCACACAAUUUAAAGACAAGCUGACCGCUGGCUAGGAAAACUCCACACUGUGAUUUAUCACGGCGAAACUUUGGAUAGCUUAAUUGAGCGGCAUUGAUUGCAAAAAAUAAAAAAAAAGUUUCAAGAUAAAAUGCAUCAAUUCUUUCUUAUGUCGGAAACGUUUUAACCAACUCUCACAUACAUCAAAGCUGAACAUAUAUUACCUACUAGGGAGGGAGGGAUAAUCGUCCUGUUUUGUAAUUUAAGGGGAAACCAUUAUCUCAAGAUAUAACUUAAAUUAGAUUUGAGAUUAGUUUGCAAAAAAUUCUUGUUGAUGCAUCAUUUGAUCGUCUUGUCAUGCUCCCUGCAUAUAUAUAUAUAUUGGGUUGUUCGGAAAAUUACUUUGUUUUUUUUUUUGUUCAAGUUAAAAGGGCAGAGGGGUUUUACGUGAUCAUGAAUCAAGCAAAUACUAUUGCUUACAAUUAAAUAAAU